UACCGUGGUUAGUUUGAAAUCGUCUACCUUCGAUUAUCGCAGAAGUCGAGAUCGUUCAAGUUCUCCUAUUUAUAACGUGUGAAAAAUACUAUUGGAUGCUGCAUAUAAAAGAUGCUACUGUUAUCUGACACUUGUCACACAUUAAUAAUGCUAACAAUGAUAAAAAUAUUAAACAAUUCUUAUCUAAAGAAGGUGCUACUUGCAUUUUAUAUUACUAAUGGAUAUUUAAUAUCUACAUAUGUGAUCAGUAACCAUUCAAAGCGCUACGCGGUCAGAGCAAAGCAAUUGUUUAUAUAUUCGCUCGAUUGCUGUGUGAACGUUAAAAAAUAUAUAUUUUUUUAAAUAUCGAUUCUGACUUUCUACCUUCAAGAAGAGACUAUAAUAAUAUAAUGACAGUGGCAAAAAGCAAUGGCACAACGAUAAGUGAACCGACAACAGAAAUCAACAAUGAUGUCGAAAAUAAAAAGAGGAGCACAAUCACAAGGAUGGAAGAUUUAAUGAACGAAGAAGAUGAAAUUACACCGGAAGACCUAGCGCCAGAGGGUGGCUGGGGAUGGAUGAUUGCAUUAGCGAUGAUUUUAAUUUUUAUUAGCACGAUAGGCCCAACAGUGUCAUUUACUUUAAUCUUUACCGAUUUCCUCAAAGAUUCCGGACAGGAAGGUAUGGCAACAAGUCUCUUCAAUUCUGUUUUCAUGAUCACCCAAGCUAUUGCUAGCUUGAUGACUAAUACGUUGUUAAAAAAAUAUUCCACAAGACCAGUCGGAAUCGCAGGAGCACUCUUUUUCGCGAUACCAGAUAUCAUUCUGGCAUUCGUCAGAAACAUAUAUGAAAUGGCUUUCCUCUUUUUCUUCCAAGGUUUUGGAUUUGGUCUGAUCAUUACAGUUUGCAACACGGUUUUCAACUCGUACUUCGUAAAAAAGAGAACAAAAGUGAUGAGUGCGUCGCAAGUGAUCAUUGCGUUUGGCGGAAUUAUUUUUCCUUACUUGACUGGAAAGAUGAUGACAACGUACGGUUUUCGCGGCACCACGGCUAUCUUGGGAGCACUGAGUUUGAACGGUGUCGUCGGCAUGAUGCUGAUGCAUCCUGUGGAAUGGCAUGCGAGAAAGCCGGAGGAGAUUCGCGCUGAGAGAGCGCGCGAAAGAAUGCGAAACCUUCAAGCAUUAGCGUUAUCAAAUCGUCGAUCAACUAUCGAUGUUAUUCACGAGUCUUUCAAGACUAGAUGGAGCAGUCUCCGUAGUCUUAAAGAAGAAAACAGCAAUCAAGUGCCUUUACUGAGCGAAACUUUUAAGACUUCCGCGCACCGAGUCGCGUCAAUCUCAGCAAUCGAGGACAUCCGCGGAAGGGCGAAAUCAUUAUCCAUGCGCGAGAAUUUAGUGCGGCGUAUGUCGGUUCUGUCGGCGUCCAGCUUGGUCAAUGUGGCGACCAGUGCUAGUACAUUAGGGGAUGUGCGACAAUCUCUGGAGAAGAAGAGCAGAGAGAAGCACAUGGAAAUGAAAGAGACGGAAGUAGAAGAAAAACAAGAUGACGAAAAUAAAGAAGAAGAGGAAACAAAAUGCCGGAUCUUUCUGAAGGACUUUCUGGAUAUGUCAUUGAUAAAGGACUACUGUUUUAUAAACUUAUGUUUGGGGAUCAGCACCGUGAGCACCGCCGAUUAUGCUUUCUCUUCCUUUGUUCCUCUUAUAAUGUCUGACAUUGGAUAUACAACUGAUCAAACCUCAUUGACCCUCACAGUUAAUGGAGUGGCUGAGAUGAUGUCGAAAAUUUUACUCACAAUUAUGGCAUUGAUGGUGAACGUGAAAUCAAAGUACCUAUUUUUCGCAGCCGUAAUCUGCAUGGGAUUCGCAAGAACAGGUUUCUUGCUGUACCAGCGUACGAUUACGGGUGUGUUUAUUAUGACAGCGAUAAUCGGCGCCGUACGAUCGUGGUUAAUGGUUCUGCAGCCUCUAGUCAUAAUGGAAAAUACCAGCAUAGAGAAAUUCGCUUUGGCUUAUGGUAUCUAUUCCGUUAUCAGCGGAAUGAUUGGAAUAGUCUGCGGCGCUAUCGUAGGACUCAUUAAGGAUUGGACUAAUAGCUACGAUAUAUAUCAAAUCUCUCUAUUAAUAUUAAACGGUGCGUUCGUUAUACCCUGGGCUUUGCAGUUCAUUUUCGUGGACUUUAAACAGUGGCGGAAGCAACGCGCGCAGAAAAUUACCACAAAUUCUUUACUUUAAUCUGAAGCGAUCCGGUUAUCGCGCGUAUUAGAAAUGAAGAAGGGUGAAGCGUUAAAUUAACAGUUCGCACUGAUUUAAUUAUUCAAGUGAAAGAGAGGAAAUAGUAGAAUAAAUUGCAUUUGUGCAAUUUCUUUAUCGAUAUGCCCGCUAAUCUUAGUUAUUUUUAAAGUACCUGGGAGCAAUUAUAUACUUAUGUGUGUAGGUUUUUUUCAUUAAGAUAGAGAAAAUUUUAUAUUUUGUAGUGUUCAAUCUUUUUUAUGUAUAAUUGAGUAUUUUAAAAUAAAUCAGAGGUUUAUGCUCAUGCAAGAGACAAGAAUAAUUUGCAAAAUUUCAAAAAUAUUAAUUUUAUAAUAUUUAAAAAGAAUCAUUGCGCAUAUGUAUUUUUACGUAAGUUCUGUUAAUUGUAAAUAAAGCAAACUUCUUCAUACGUUUUA